UGACAAACCGAUCGUCCCGCAUAUCUUUUAAGUAGCACCACCUUUUUUUGUGUGUUUUUUUGUUCAUGGCCAAAAAAAGAACUGCGAAAUCGCAAAGUAGCAACGAUCCACACGAUGAUGACUUUGAGGAUCCCCCACCGACCAAGCGGGUCACGCGCUCUUCGCGAAACACCGUGCAAGCAGGCUCUUCCAAACCGACGCCUGCGCGUUCAACAAACCGCAGUAAAGCGACAUCAAAAAAGAAUGCAAAAACACCGAAAAAAGCAAAGCCUGAGCUCAAGGAGACCAGUGCUUUGAGUGAUGACGGCCAUGUUGAAGCGCCUGAGUUGCCAGACGACAGGCCGCAGCGAGAGUCGGCGUUGGACCAUGAGCACAGCAAUGUUCAAGUGACAGCCGCCGAAUCACGAUUUUGGUCUUCAGACGAACAUUCUAACGAAAAUACAAUACCCACGGACAGUGUUGACCACGAAGCUGAAGAGAGCGACGACGACAUGGAUUGGGAAACCGUUGAUGUUCCCUCGCUUCCGGAAUCCGAGGUUGGUGAAGCAGUCGACGACCAUAAAAAAGUAUACGACGAUGUCGAAGUCGUUUUUGAAGCACCUCGUGCCGUUCUAAAACGUUCCAAGUGGGAAAUGGCUUAUGAACGGAUGGUGCGUGAAUGGAUCCAUAAUAGUCACGUUGUGGCGCUGAUUGCGCAUUAUAUGCUGCGGAAUUCAUGGUGUGCCUCGCAAGAUGUCCAGUCUGUUUGUCUGUCAGUGAUACCCGAUUAUAUCCAGAAUCAAAGUGCAAGCAAAGAGGAAUCUUUUCAUGAAUUCCAAACCGCUCUCAAAUGGGCUCUCAGUUGGUGGAAAUCGUUUUUCACCCUCACAGGCCCCGGGUUGCUCACUUGGACAUACAAUGAAAUUGACACUCUUCUGACUGCGGCUGACAAUGAUAUUUCCAUCGAAAACUUGCAAGGGCUUGCCAAUACGCGGAAUGUCGGUAGUGAAACCAUCAAAGACACGCGUGAUUUUGUGGAGAAAUUGACCAAACCCUCCGGAACAAGUGAUACUUCUGCCGAACUUUUUAUCGCCAUUUUAAGAGCCCUUGAUUUUGAUGUCCGCCUGGUUGCUUCACUACAGCCCAUACCGUACCGUGUCCCGGCACAACGUUCAGAGAAUGAACGCAACAAAGCAAACAACCUGAUGUUAAAAGCUGCUGCGGACGAUCAGAAGGAAGCAUUGCCUGAACCCACCGAAGAUUUGGCGUUUCCUUUCCGAUCCCCUCGACCUCGGCUAGACACACCCAACGCCGAAGAAACUGACACCAAAUUAAAGCUUGCCACAGCCCGACCACCGACGGUGUGGGCCGAAGUGUAUGACACUCACAACGAAAAGUGGAUCUGCAUCGACCCAGUUCGAGGCCUUUUUGAUCAACCGAAAGCGAUGGAACCAUCCAGCACGGAUCGUCGGAAUAUCAUUUCGUAUGUGCUUGCAUUUGAUGCCGAUAAGGAUGGUUGCACGGAUGUCACCCGGCGGUAUUCUUCUCGCUACAGUAAAGCCGUGAAACUGCGAGAUCGUGAGCUGACCAAAAGAGAAAAAGAAGGCGGUUUGCAGCAGUGGUCGGACAUGCUGUUAAACAAAAUCCAACGUCGCAAGCAUGGUCCUCGAGAACAACGAGAGAAGCAGCAUCUGGAGGCCGCGGAAACACAGGAAGCCAUGCCCACAUCUAUUCAAGGGUUCAACAAUCAUCCCGUGUAUGCUUUGGAAAGGCAUCUCAAGAAAUUCGAAGUGUUGCAUCCCAAGGAACCGGUCCUAGGGCAUAUCAAAGGCGAAAAAAUCUACCCAAGAUCGUGUGUGAAACCCGUGCACACGGCGGAAACUUGGAUGAAAUACGGCCGGGUGAUUGGAGACGGCGAACAGCCGAUCAAGCGAGUUAAUGCUCGCGCCGUGACGGCAGAAAAAAAGCGAAUGCAAGAACUGGCCAAACAAGAAGGCGAGACCCUGCAAGUCGGGUGUUACGGUGAAUGGCAAACCGUCGCCUACAAACCAUCUCCUGUUGUGGAUGGUCGAGUACCACGCAAUGCGUACGGAAAUAUUGACCUGUUUACGCCUGAUAUGCUACCGGAAGGUGCAGCGCAUAUUCCCAUCGACGGUAUUGGCAAGGUUGCUCGUAAACUGGGCGUGGAUUUUGCAGACGCAGUGGUUGGGUUUGAUUUUGUGAAACGACGAUCAGUGCCUGUGACACGAGGCAUCGUUGUAGCAAAAGAAGCAGAGCAGAUGCUUUUGGAGGCUUGGGGCGAAUUUGAACAGAACGAGUCGAACAAGGCCAUUGCGAAGCAUGAAAAAGAAACGUAUGCUCGCUGGCGGAAGAUCAUUAUGGGUGUUCUGAUCCACGCAAGAGUGGAAGAAGACUAUGGACAGCCGACAGCUCCCACUGCCGAACCCGCAAAUAAGGAGGACAAGGCGGAAGCUGUCGAGACCAAAUGGGAAUCAUUUUUAAAGUCACGUCAAGAGCAACAGGAAACUGAGGUAGCUGGCGGCGGUUUUGUCAGUGAGCCUUUCGAAGGAGGCUAUUUGCCAGAGGACGAAGAAGAACAAGACAAUUAAAAAGAGUGAAGAAUGCAUUUGUAAAUACUACGAUCGUCGUUAAAUGUAUAUAUCAAAUAGAGCGUUUUAAUUUAUAAAAAUGACCGAGAUGAUCUCCCACCUCAAGUCGAUGAG